GCCAUAAAAGAAAUGAACAAAUCAGUCUAACAGUUGCAACAAAACCAAGGGACCAAGACCUCUUCCCUGCGCUGUAUAUUUAAACACAUCUGUCUGUAUCUCUAUAUGUACCUGUAUAUCAAAAAGCCAUGACCAGCCCUUCAGCUUCUACUCCCAAGGCUUUGAGCAAGAUCGCUUGCAAUCGUUUACAGAAGGAGCUAGUUGAAUGGCAAGUUAAUCCGCCUGUUGGCUUUAAGCACAAAGUUACUGAUGAUCUUCAAAGAUGGGUAAUUGAAGUGAAUGGUGCACCUGGGACUUUGUAUGCUAAUGAAACCUUCCAGCUUCAAGUUGAUUUUCCUGAGCAUUAUCCCAUGGAAGCUCCACAGGUUGUUUUUAUCCCUCCGGCUCCACUUCAUCCUCACAUAUAUAGCAAUGGUCACAUCUGUUUAGAUAUAUUGUAUGAUUCAUGGUCUCCAGCGAUGACAGUAAGUUCUGUCUGCAUCAGCAUUCUCUCCAUGUUGUCAAGCUCCACAGAGAAGCAACGGCCAGCUGACAACGAUCGUUAUGUGAAAAAAUGUAGGAACGGUAGAUCUCCAAAAGAAACAAGGUGGUGGUUUCAUGAUGAUAAAGUGUGAUUGGGUUCAAACCUUCCUAACAACUCAUUCCUGUGCAAUAUAUUAAAAAAAAAAAAAAAGAGGGUAUUAAAGGAAGUAGUUGAAGUAGAAGAAACUUUAUUGCUUCAAUUCUCCUGUUUUCUCAGAUUCAAUUACAUUAAGCUUGAUAUGUGCUCACAUUUCUUGUAAAUUAAGAAGCUGCCUCUGUGGCUUUUCUGGUCAACCAGUAUGGAAUUGUUUCGAGUAAGAGCAUGGCCGUUGGAUGUUA